AUGGAUGUCGUCUAUAGGGGAGAUUCCAGGCCAGUACAGGAGCUGUUGACAAUCCGCGUGAAGGAUCUUGAGAACCGCCCGCUGAGGUUUUUGUCAACCAACCGUCCUCUCCGUCGAUAUCUUCACAUCCGCUUCCUGAUACUUUAUAUGUGGUGGAAGAUAAAGUCUGUGCCCAACCUAUGUCAAAAAGUUGGACCAGGGGAAUUCUGGCCAUCUGCAGGGAUGUGUUUCGAGAGAGUAACCCUGAAGACACUUGCCCGUUGCAAAAGCUGGGAUUAA